CUGCCUCGAAUAAAGUUUAGGACUACAUUGACGACGGUUGUUCGCGACACCUUCACGCCACCCACCUCCUCUAUCACCAUGUGGGGGAUCUCGUACUGGGCGGUCCCCAUCUUCUCGUCAUUAGUAUGGCUAGCCAUGCUCAUCUCCAUGUUGACUGUCUGGGUCUACGAUGGACGACCGCACUACGAUAGUAUGGAUCCGAAUCAGAACAUCGCAUACAUUUCAGACGUGGGCGCGUCCGGACUCAAGCCCCUCUUCAUAGCCAUGUCGGCUGUAACCGUCGUGACCUUUGACAUCGCCUUCAUCCUCGAGCGCUGGCUCCGUCACACCGGCAAACUGACGCCCAACACGUCCAUCUGGCAAAAGAUAUACAGCACCAUUGCCAUUGUCGCAGCCAUUGCCGGUGCUGCCGGCCUCAUCCUCCUGUCCAUCUUCGACACCCUCAGACACCCCCGUCUGCACAAUGUGUUCCUCGGCGUCUUCAUCGUGGGCUACGUCAUCUCCGCCAUCUUCAUCUGCUGGGAGUACCAGCGCCUCGGCAUCCACUUCCGCGAACACAGCGUGCUGCGCAUCAGCUUCUGGAUCAAGCUCGCCUUCAUCCUCGUCGAGGUCGCCCUCGCCAUCGCUUUCGGCGUCAUGUCCAGAAUGAAGCACUACAACACUGCCGCCAUCCUCGAAUGGACCAUCGCCUUUGUCUACUUCUUCUACGUCCUCAGCUUCUUCAUCGACUUCAUGCCCGCCAUCCGCUCAAAGAACUACCAGAGCAACGCCACCGAGAUGGAUAUGGCGCGCGCCGAGGGCGGCGGUAUGGGCGACGGCGCUGCGGACGGCACGCAGUAUUUCCGAGGCGCGCCCCGCACAAACGAUACGAACGGCUUCGCGAACGGGAACGGGUACGCCAAUGGGCACAACGGUCUCGCUAAUGGCGGUGGCAACGCUGCUUCGUACAAGCCUGAGCCCGCGCCGCUGCCUUCACGGAACUUUUAG